UAGUAACUUGCAAGUUGUAAGUGUAAUACUGAAAUGGGUUUGAAAGCCAUUGAUAUGGGUCUUGUGCUAAUGUCCGUAUUCAUGCUCGUGUUUUGGAACGGCGUCGCAGCUCAGUCGGGAUGCACGACGGCGUUGAUAAGCUUGUCGCCGUGUCUUAGCUACGUCGGCGGGAACACGUCGACUCCGUCGUCGUCGUGCUGCACCCGGCUGGCGGGCGUCGUGCAGGGGCAGCCGCAGUGUCUCUGCUCAUUGCUGAACGGCGGCGGGGCUUCGUCGCUCGGCUUCACAAUAAAUCAAACGCUCGCCCUCGCGUUGCCCGGCGCGUGCGACGUGCAGACGCCUCCUGUUAGCCGAUGCAACGCUGCUAAUGGACCCACGGCGUCGUCGGCGCCUGGCGCCCCGGCUGAAUCUCCGGCUUCCGAUCCCGAUGAUGUGCUGCCUGAAUCUCCAACAACGCCAUCAGAUUCAGACAAUCCAUCGGGAACCGGGUCGAAAACAGGUCCGGGGGCAGAUGGAGUCGCGGUUGGAGGCAGCAGCAGUGGUGCGUCAUUCAGCGCAGUCGGGAUCUUCAUCUUCGUAGUCUCGUCUACCUUGUGGGCUACUCAAGGCCAUGGAUUUUAAGAUCUUUAUCGACAUCUACGAAGUCCCCUCUUAGGACACAAAUAUUGUAUUGUAUUGUCAUUUCGAGCACUCCCAUGUAUGUUUUUCGCAACAUUCGUUGAACGUUUUUAAGGAUUUGUUUCUUUAGCCCCAAAUUUUAGGUUUUUAACGUUUGAAU